CCAUGGACACUAAAACACUAUUAUUCUGCCUGACUGCUGUGAUCGUUUCUGUUGGAGUCACCAAUGCGACUUCUUAUGGUGGGGUAAUCAUUCACACAGAUGGUAAUCCCACUAUUAAUGGAAAUGCCAAAGGUGCAGCUUGCGUCUUCCCUUUCGUGUAUAAACGCACAGUGUACUGGAAAUGCACCAGCAUUAACCAUAACAAGCCAUGGUGUGCGACUACACACAGCUAUGACAGGAAUAAGAGAUGGGGAGAGUGUAUUAGUUUAGGUAAUCCCACUAUUCAUGGAAAUGCCAAAGGUGCAGUUUGCGUCUUCCCUUUCGUGUAUAAACGCACAACUUACUGGAAAUGCACCAGCAUGGACCAUAACAGGCCAUGGUGUGCGACCACAUACAACUUCGACAAGGAUAACAGAUGGGGAGAGUGUACUGACUUAGUUGUACCAACUCCACCACCUGACCCUUGUGAUGGUAUCACAUGUGGGGAGAAGGAGGAGUGCAAGAGAGGUGCCUGCGUUCACACAUCAGAGGAGACCUGCUCGGCUCUGGGUGAUCCCCAUUACAGAACCUUUGAUGGGAAACGCUACGACUUCCAAGGCACCUGCACCUACACCAUGGCUGAGGUUCUGAAAAAAGAGGCAGGCCUUGUUCCCUUCACAGUCCUGGCCAAGAAUAACCACAGAGGCAACAAAUGGGUGGCGUAUGUCAGGAAGGUCACGGUUACUGUGUACAAUCACACCGUGACCAUCAGCGAAAAAAGGGCCAGAGCCGAGGUGGAUGGUGAAAUUGUUUACCUGCCUGUGAGUCUAGAGGGGGGAAAGCUCCAGGUAGUCCACAGAGGCAGGAAUGCUGUUCUGACAACAAAGUUUGGGCUGAAAGUCACAUACGACUGGAAUAUGAUGCUGCGCAUCACAGCACCAAGCAGCUACUUUCGUACACUGGGCGGAUUGUGUGGAAAUUACAACGGUGACCGCAAGGAUGAAUGGACCACCCGCUCUGGAAGUCGACUUUCCUCAGCCCUCGAGUUUGCAAAGAGUUGGAAAAUGCAGGAUGGGGACUUGUUUUGCUAUGACGACUGUCGUGGGAAAUGCCCCAGCUGCUCGGCAGCCCAGAAAAAUGAAUUUAGUGGGGUAGAGUACUGUGGCCUCAUCACUGACACCAAGAGUGUAUUUGCCAAAUGCAUAAAUAAAGUUGACCCUGGUAUGUUCUUCGACAACUGUGUGUAUGACACCUGCAUCAAUAAUGGCAUCAGAAGCUUCCUCUGUGACAACAUUGAAAAUUAUGUGGAUGAAUGCAUGGCUGCGGGCAUCAAGAUCGAUGGCUGGAGAACUCUUGCAAACUGUCCGAUGGACUGUCCUGCAAAUAGCCACUAUGAAGCAUGUGGGCCAGCGUGCGCAGCCUCCUGUGCUGAGAGAAAUGCCCCAUCCACGUGUCAGCAGCCCUGCGUAGAGGGCUGCCAGUGUAACAAGGGCUUUGUGCUCAGUGGUGAAACGUGUGUGCCAGUGAGCUCAUGUGGCUGCACCAGUGGAGGGCGCUAUUACCCUCCAGGACAGACAUUUUGGGCUGACAACACGUGCACUAAAAAAUGCACAUGCACGUCUGGAACCCUGCAGUGCACUGUAACCAAGUGCAAGAGUUCUGAAGUGUGUUCUUUGAGGAAUGGUGUGAGAGACUGUUACCCACUGUCUUAUGGUACCUGCCGUGGCUCCGGUGACCCACACUACCGCUCGUUUGAUGGCAAGAAAUUUGACUUCCAAGGAACAUGCACAUACCUCUUGUCCAAAGUAAUCAGCACUACAGAUCCUUCUCUGAAACCUUUUGAGGUGCAGGUCCAGAAUGAGAACCGAGGCCGAAACAAGGCAGUGGCAUACACCAAGACAGCCUUGAUAAAAGUGUAUGGACACACCAUUGUUUUGAGCAGUGACAAUCCCGGCAGAGUCAUGCUUAACAACACGUUUGUAAACCUGCCACUGGCAUUGGAAAAUGGACGACUGUCAAUUUUCCGAAGAGGCCGGGCUGGAGUGGUCAAAACUGAUUUUGGCCUGGAAAUGCAGUUUGACUGGAGAAGCUACGUGUCAGUUACUGUCCCAAGCACCUACCAAGGAGUGCUAGGUGGCCUGUGUGGAAACUUCAAUGGCCAUGGAAACGAUGACAUGCUCACACCCAACAAAACCCCUGCCAAAAAUCCAACGGAGUUUGGUGAAAGCUGGAAAGUGAAGAAUGAUUCUCGGUGCAAAGACACUGAAAAAUGUGAGGGCAAGACGUGCCUUAAGUGUGACAUCAACUCAAAGCAGAAUGAGCCGUUCCAAAAACCCUGCAGCAUCCUCACAGACAAGACUGGUCCUUUCAAGGACUGUCACAGCAAAGAGGAUCCAGAGCAGUACUAUGAAGACUGUGUUUAUGACAUGUGCAUGUAUCAGGGCCACUCCUCUGCACUUUGCAACGCCCUCAGCACGUACACCUCCGUGUGCCAGGAGGCAAAAGCCAGGAUCGACGUCUGGAGAACAGAGUCACUUUGUCCGCUGGCUUGCAAAGCAAACAGCCACUACGAGGUUUGUCCGUCCAGCUGUUCUGCGAUGUGUCCCGGAACUGAUGAGGCAGAAGGCUGCGAAAACACUCCCUGCAGUGAGGGCUGCGAGUGCGAUGACGGCUUUGCGCUGAGUGACGAACAGUGUGUGCCACAGGAGCAGUGUGGUUGUGUGCACAAGGGCCGCUACUACCAGCAAGGCCAGGUGUUCUUCCUCGACAACCAGUGCAAGGGCCGUUGUGUGUGUGGAAACGACGGCAGGGUGCAGUGCCAAAGCGAUUUCUCCUGUGGGCCCAAUGAAGUGUGCCGCAUCCAGGACGGGGCCGAGGGCUGCUUCCCCACCACCACAGCCACCUGCUCCGUAUCUGGGACAGGACACUAUCACUCCUUUGACAACAGGGACUUCAGCGUUCCUGGCAACUGUGUGUACAAAAUGGCAGAGGUCACCCAAGACAAUGAUGGUGAAAGGGUUCCCUUCAGUGUGGUAGUCCAUCAGGAAUCUGCAACCAAUGAUCCAACGGUUACCCGUAGUGUCCAAAUAGAAGUCAAUGAUAACAACAUCGUCAUGCUUCCUGGAAGAAUCUGGGAAGUAAUGCUGGAUGGCAUCCGAGUGAAUCUCCCUCUCCAACUGGACGACGGGAAGGUGCAAGUCUAUCACAAUGGACACGUCAUCGUUCUGCAGACUAACUUUGGCUUAGAGGUGACAUAUGACACCAUCUCCAUGGUCAGGGUGGACAUGCCAUCCUCUUACAAAGGCAUGCUGUUGGGCCUCUGUGGCAACUACAACGGCAACCCAGCUGAUGAUUUCGUCUUACCCGGAGGUGCCCAGGCCUCCUCGGCAGUAGCGUUUGCUGAGGGCUGGGUUGUGGAUCAGAAGGGUGUGAAAUGUCAGACAGGCUGUGGGUCCCAGUGUCCUACUCCAUCACCGCAGGGCAAAAAGUUGUGCGACAUCUUGAAAGACAAAAAGAGUCCAUUUUCAAAGUGCCACGCAACUGUGCCACCACAGGAGUACUUUAACAAAUGUGUGAAAGACGUUUCGGAGCAAGGGGGCAGUGAAGAUGUCCUUUGCCAACACUUGCAGAACUACGUUGCUGUCUGCCAGGAAUCUGGGGGUUCAGUUGACAGCUGGCGAAACAAGACACUUUGUCCUAUGACGUGCCCAAAGAACAGUCAGUAUGAGCUCUGUGCCGAUACCUGCUCCACUACCUGUGCCAGUCUCACCACGCCUCAGAAGUGCUCACAUUGCCAGGAGGGGUGCGAGUGUAAGGAUGGUUUUGCCUUUGAUGGUGGAGAAUGUAGGCCACUGGGGAAAUGUGGCUGUGAAGUUGAUGGACGCUAUUACAAGUCUGGGGAGACAGUGAUGAACGAGGACUGCCAGGAGAAGUGCACCUGUGUAGAUGGUGUGUUUUCAUGUGAGAAUACCAAGUGCACAGUGAAACAAGUCUGUGACAUCAGGGAAGGAGUAAGAAACUGCCAUCAAGUUGUUGUACCAACUCCACCACCUGACCCUUGUGAUGGUAUCACAUGUGGGGAGAAGGAGGAGUGCAAGAGAGGUGCCUGCGUUCACACAUCAGAGGAGACCUGCUCGGCUCUGGGUGAUCCCCAUUACAGAACCUUUGAUGGGAAACGCUACGACUUCCAAGGCACCUGCACCUACACCAUGGCUGAGGUUCUGAAAAAAGAGGCAGGCCUUGUUCCCUUCACAGUCCUGGCCAAGAAUAACCACAGAGGCAACAAAUGGGUGGCGUAUGUCAGGAAGGUCACGGUUACUGUGUACAAUCACACCGUGACCAUCAGCGAAAAAAGGGCCAGAGCCGAGGUGGAUGGUGAAAUUGUUUACCUGCCUGUGAGUCUAGCGGGGGGAAAGCUCCAGGUAGUCCACAGAGGCAGGAAUGCUGUUCUGACAACAAAGUUUGGGCUGAAAGUCACAUACGACUGGAAUAUGAUGCUGCGCAUCACAGCACCAAGCAGCUACUUUCGUACACUGGGCGGAUUGUGUGGGAAUUACAACGGUGACCACAACGAUGAAUGGACCACCCGCUCUGGAAGUCAACUUUCCUCAGCCCUCGAGUUCGCAAAGAGUUGGAAAAUGCAGGAUGGGGACUUGUUUUGCCAUGACGACUGUCGUGGGAAAUGCCCCAGUUGCUCGGCAGCCCAGAAAAAUGAAUUUAGUAGGGUAGAGUACUGUGGCCUCAUCACUGACACCAAGAGUGUAUUUGCCAAAUGCAUAAAUAAAGUUGACCCUGGUAUGUUCUUCGACAACUGUGUGUAUGACACCUGCAUCAAUAGCGGCAUCAGAAGCUUCCUCUGUGACAACAUUGAAAAUUAUGUGGAUGAAUGCAUGGCUGCGGGCAUCAAGAUCGAUGGCUGGAGAACUCUUGCAAACUGUCCGAUGGACUGUCCUGCAAAUAGCCACUAUGAAGCAUGUGGGCCAGCGUGCGCAGCCUCCUGUGCUGAGAGAAAUGCCCCAUCCACGUGUCAGGAGCCCUGCGUAGAGGGCUGCCAGUGUAACAAGGGCUUUGUGCUCAGUGGUGAAACGUGUGUGCCAGUGAGCUCAUGUGGCUGCACCAGUGGAGGGCGCUAUUACCCUCCAGGACAGACAUUUUGGGAUGACAACACGUGCACUAAAAAAUGCACAUGCACGUCUGGAACCCUGCAGUGCACUGUAACCAAGUGCAAGAGUUCUGAAGUGUGUUCUUUGAGGAAUGGUGUGAGAGACUGUUACCCACUGUCUUAUGGUACCUGCCGUGGCUCCGGUGACCCACACUACCGCUCGUUUGAUGGCAAGAAAUUUGACUUCCAAGGAACAUGCACAUACCUCUUGUCCAAAGUAAUCAGCACUACAGAUCCUUCUCUGAAACCUUUUGAGGUGCAGGUCCAGAAUGAGAACCGAGGCCGAAACAAGGCAGUGGCAUACACCAAGACAGCCUUGAUAAAAGUGUAUGGACACACCAUUGUUUUGAGCAGCGACAAUCCAGGCAGAGUCAUGCUUAACAACACGUUUGUAAACCUGCCACUGGCAUUGGAAAAUGGACGACUGUCAAUUUUCCGAAGAGGCCGGGCUGGAGUGGUCAAAACUGAUUUUGGCCUGGAAAUGCAGUUUGACUGGAGAAGCUACGUGUCAGUUACUGUCCCAAGCACCUACCAAGGAGUGCUAGGUGGCCUGUGUGGAAACUUCAAUGGCCAUGGAAACGAUGACAUGCUCACACCCAACAAAACCCCUGCCAAAAAUCCAACGGAGUUUGGUGAAAGCUGGAAAGUGAAGAAUGAUUCUCGGUGCAAAGACACUGAAAAAUGUGAGGGCAAGACGUGCCUUAAGUGUGACAUCAACUCAAAGCAGAAUGAGCCGUUCCAAAAACCCUGCAGCAUCCUCACAGACAAGACUGGUCCUUUCAAGGACUGUCACAGCAAAGAGGAUCCAGAGCAGUACUAUGAAGACUGUGUUUAUGACAUGUGCAUGUAUCAGGGCCACUCCUCUGCACUUUGCAACGCCCUCAGCACGUACACCUCCGUGUGCCAGGAGGCAAAAGCCAGGAUCGACGUCUGGAGAACAGAGUCACUUUGUCCGCUGGCUUGCAAAGCAAACAGCCACUACGAGGCUUGCCCGUCCAGCUGUUCUGCGAUGUGUCCCGGAACUGGUGAGCCAGAAGGCUGCGAAAACACUCCCUGCAGUGAGGGCUGCGAGUGCAAUGACGGCUUUGCGCUGAGUGACGAACAGUGUGUGCCACAGGAGCAGUGUGGUUGUGUGCACAAGGGCCGCUACUACCAGCAAGGCCAGGUGUUCUUCCUCGACGACCAGUGCAAGGGCCGUUGUGUGUGUGGAAACGACGGCAGGGUGCAGUGCCAAAGCGAUUUCUCCUGUGGGCCCAAUGAAGUGUGCCGCAUCCAGGACGGGGCCGAGGGCUGCUUCCCCACCACCACAGCCACCUGCUCCGUAUCUGGGACAGGACACUAUCACUCCUUUGACAACAGGGACUUCAGCGUUCCUGGCAACUGUGUGUACAAAAUGGCAGAGGUCACCCAAGACAAUGAUGGUAAAAGGGUUCCCUUCAGUGUGGUAGUCCAUCAGGAAUCUGCAACCAAUGAUCCAACGGUUACCCGUAGUGUCCAAAUAGAAGUCAAUGAUAACAACAUCGUCAUGUUUCCUGGAAGAAUCUGGGAAGUAAUGCUGGAUGGCAUCCGAGUGAAUCUCCCUCUCCAACUGGACGACGGGAAGGUGCAAGUCUAUCACAAUGGACACGUCAUCGUUCUGCAGACUAACUUUGGCUUAGAGGUGACAUAUGACACCAUCUCCAUGGUCAGGGUGGACAUGCCAUCCUCUUACAAAGGCGUGCUGUUGGGCCUCUGUGGCAACUACAACGGCAACCCAGCUGAUGAUUUCGUCUUACCCGGAGGUGCCCAGGCCUCCUCGGCAGAAGCGUUUGCUGAGGGCUGGGUUGUGGAUCAGAAGGGUGUGAAAUGUCAGACAGGCUGUGGGUCCCAGUGUCCUACUCCAUCACCGCAGGGCCAAAAGUUGUGCGACAUCUUGAAAGACAAAAAGAGUCCAUUUUCAAAGUGCCACGCAACUGUGCCACCACAGGAGUACUUUGACAAAUGUGUGAAAGACGUUUCGGAGCAAGGGGGCAGUAAAGAUGUCCUUUGCCAACACUUGCAGAACUACGUUGCUGUCUGCCAGGAAUCUGGGGGUUCAGUUGACAGCUGGCGAAACAAGACACUUUGUCCUAUGACGUGCCCAAAGAACAGUCAGUAUGAGCUCUGUGCCGAUACCUGCUCCACUACCUGUGCCAGUCUCACCACGCCUCAGAAGUGCUCACAUUGCCAGGAGGGGUGCGAGUGUAAGGAUGGUUUUGCCUUUGAUGGUGGAGAAUGUAGGCCACUGGGGAAAUGUGGCUGUGAAGUUGAUGGACGCUAUUACAAGUCUGGGGAGACAGUGAUGAAUGAGGACUGCCAGGAGAAGUGCACCUGUGUAGAUGGUGUGUUUUCAUGUGAGAAUACCAAGUGCACAGUGAAACAAGUCUGUGACAUCAGGGAAGGAGUAAGAAACUGCCAUCAAGUUGAUCCCUGUGAGGCAAAGAAUUGCCGUGAAAAAGAAACGUGUGUCAAGAAUGGCUCCGAUGUCCACUGUGUGGCGAUGUCCAACUCCACCUGCCGGAUAGUGGGGGACCCACACUACCAAAGCUUCGAUGGCAAGCUGUUCUCUUACCAGGGCUCAUGCACAUACACACUGGUUCAGACGACAGGUCUGGACAAAACACUGACUCCUUUCAGCAUUGUGGCCAAAACCGAGAGGGAGAGUCAGGACAGAGGGGCCUACUUAAAAACUGUAACAGUCAACAUGGAAGGUGUCCAGAUCGUUGUUGUCUAUGGUGACCCCGGCAAAGUGCAGAUUUAUGGCUCCACUUACAACCUCCCCGUUACUCUCAAGUCUGGGAGGAUCAUAAUUACUCAGGAGUCCUACAGGGGUUUCAUUAAGACCGACUUCGGAGUGGAGAUCACUUUCGACUGGGGCGAGGUUCUCUACGUCACUGUGCUUAGCAGCUACUAUAAGAACCUGCAGGGCAUGUGCGGUACCUACAACGGAGACCAGGCUGACGAUUUCUCCAUGCCUAAUGGCUCCACCAUCCCCAGCCUUAAGAAGUGGGCAGAAGCCUGGAGCCUUCCUGAAGCCAACAGCACCUGCCUGCACUCCUGCCCAGGCCAGUGCCCUGUCUGUACGGCAGACGACACGUCGCUUUAUACAGAGAAGGAAUACUGUGGCGAGAUCGGAGUGGAGAGUGGUGCUUUCGCUGCCUGUCACGCCAAGGUUCUGCCAGAGAAGCUGUUGGAAGACUGCCUUUACAACAUGUGCAUCCACAAAGGAGACAAGCAGAUGCUGUGCAAGGUCAUGACCAAUUAUGCCACAAUCUGCCAGCUGAAAGGUGCUGACGUUUCUAAACAGUGGCUACAAACACUCGACUGUUAAGUCUGACGAGAAGGGGAUUAGUUGCUGAAGAAGAUACUAACAUAAAACCAGUGGAGAUAUCUCUACACGGAAACCAAACUGCAGCAAUUUACCAAUCAGCUAUUUUGAUCUCCUCCUUUUUCAUCCAGAGUAUAAGAGUUAAAAAAAUAUUCUUCUAAGUAAAAAGCCAUAUAACCAAGGCUAUGCAUAUAUCAUGUAGCAGUACCUACCUAUUUGUAGUGCUGUGUAAAUCACAUGCAUUGUGAUUUGUUAUAACAUGUACUGUUUAUCUAUCUAUAUACAAUAAACGUAGCUAGUCAUGCACAACAA